AUGAAGCAACGACUACAACUUCUUCUGCUUUGGCUGGCCCUGAUAGCCCCAGCUUUAUGUGCUUCGGCAACAUCUUUCUGCAAAUGCACAUGCUUCAGCAACAGCACAAUCAUACCCUUGACAGAACUUCCUGGAGAAUCAACUGCCAAGAAAGCAACAUGCAACGAUUGUAACAGACAGUUCUGUCUUUCGUAUAAUCUGCCUAUAUGCAAAGACGCCAAGGACGCUGAUGUCUUUACUACUUGCUUCCAGAGAGACUCGGCCAAGGAUCAGAUGAUUGUCUAUACGUUCAUUCUCGUUACUUGUGGAUUGCUGAUCUGGGCUACGAUAAAGCCAUAUGCUGAGACCUAUCUCGAGAAAUUCCGUAACCGACACAGCUACAAUCCAGUUGCACAGAAUGGCAAUUGA